GAUUCGCUGGAAGGGAGGGCCUGGGCUCCCUUCCUGCAGAGUCCUCUCAGCAGCUGGUCCCAGGCACCCGUAGGGAAAGGGCGGGCCCGGGGUGCAAACUGAAGGUGGGGCAAGGACCAGGCUGCCUCGUCAGUCCUCCAGCCACCUCUUCUUCCCCCGUUGGCCCUGCAGACUGUCCUGCGCUAACUCCAGCCUUUGUUGUUUUCUGGUUCCAUUUUAGGAGAGGCUCCACUUGACUGAGUAGUUUGAAGGAGGUGGGAUGCAGGAGCUGCAUCUGCUGUGCUGGGCGGUCCUCCUGGGCCUGGGCCAGGCCUGCCCUGGGCCCUGCGACUGUAGGGAAAAGUGUGGCUUCCAGAUCAUCGACUGUUCCUACCGUGACCUGGAGGCUGUGCCGCCCGGCUUCCCGGCCAAUGUGACCACACUGAGCCUGUCGGCCAACCGGCUGCUCCACUUGCCGGAGGGCGCCUUCAGGGAGGUACCCCAGCUGCAGUCGCUGUGGCUGGCACACAACGAGAUCCGAACGGUGGCCGCCGGCGCCCUGGCCUCUCUGGGCCAGCUCAAGAACCUGGACCUCAGCCACAACCUCAUCUCUGACUUUGCCUGGAAUGACCUGCACAACCUCAGCGCCCUCCAGUUGCUCAAGAUGGACAGCAACGAGCUGACCUUCGUCCCUCGCGAUGCCUUCCGCAGCCUGCGUGCCCUGCGCUCGCUGCAGCUCAACCACAACCGCUUGCACACGCUGGCCGAGGGCACCUUCGUGCCGCUCACCUUGCUGUCCCACCUGCAGAUCAACGACAACCCUUUCGACUGUACGUGCGGCAUCAUGUGGUUCAAAACGUGGGCCCUGACCACGACGACUGUGUCCAUCUCAGAGCAGGACAAAAUCACCUGCGCAUCGCCCCACCUGCUCAAGGGCACACCGCUGAACCGCCUGCUGCCACUGCCGUGCUCGGCGCCGCUGGUGCAGCUCACCUACCAGCCCAGCCAGGACGGUGCUGAGCUGCAACCUGGCUUCGUGCUGGCGCUCCACUGUGACGUGGAGGGGCAGCCGGCGCCCCAGCUUCACUGGCACAUCCAGACGCCUGGCGGCACGGUGGAGAUCGCCAGCCCCAACGUGGGUGCCGAUGGGCGUGCCCUGCCUGGCUCUCCGGCAGCCAGCAGCUGGCCGCGUUUCCAAGCCUUUGCCAACGGCAGCCUGCUCAUCCCCGACUUUGGCAAGCUGGAGGAAGGCACCUACAGCUGCCUGGCCACCAACGAGCUGGGCAGUGCGGAGAGCUCAGUGAACGUGGCACUGGCCACGCCGGGCCAGGGUGGUGAGGACGCCCUGGGACGCAGGUUCCGCGACAAAGCGGCCAAGGGCACGGGCUGCUAUACAGUGGACAACGAGGUACGGCCGCCAGGCCCCGAGGACGACGUGGUCAUCAUCUAUCUCGGCCGGACCAAGGGCCCGCAGGCGGCAGCCGUGGGGCACCGGGCGGCAGGGCAGCAGUCCGUGCGCCUGCUCCUGCUGGGCCAGAGCCUCCUGCUCCUCUUCCUCACCUCCUUCUAGCCCCCGCCCUACCCAGCUGGGCUGGAGUAGCCCCAGGGCCUCCCUGACUCCUCCCCUGACCUGUGAUGUCCCUGCAGGGGCCUGCUGGGGGGCGACUUCCGAGGCCUGCGUGGGGGACAGACACAUCUUCCUACCUCCCCUUCUCAUCUCUUCUGGAACACUCACCACCCCAACUUCAGAUUUGCUCAAAGCUAGUGACGAGGACAGACCUGAUCCCGUAACUCACCACGUUGCCUGUGCUCCCCUACGGGGGCAGCUGCUAACAGGGCGGCGCCCAAACCACCGGGCAAAGCCUCACUGAUGGGAUUCCAGGCACCGGACUGACCAGCGGCGAAGGCUAGGGCUUGGGGCCUGGCGGGGAGGUAGCCUGCAGCACACAGGGCACAGGAGAGAGGGAUGGGUGGCGGGGCAGUGACUCGGUGGCCCGAGGCUCUCAGAGACCGGCUUGAGCUCCUGCUGCCUCUUGGUGCUCUCUGAUGGCUCGGGGCUCCGGAGUCUCUGCCCUCAUCUCAGGCAGGACUGAGGGUUCAGGAUGGCCUUCCUCUCCUCUCACCCUUCCUCCCUCAGCCUGCGCCCCUCCAUCCUGGACACCUAUCCUGCCUUUCUCUCCAAGUAUACAUCGAUAGCCUGCCACUCCGAAGAGGCCAGCCAGGCUGGGGGCAGCAGAGAAAUAAACGGCCU